GCAGAAGUUAUUUUUAUUAUACACGACAACUACCUUAUCUAUUACUGAAAAUUUUUUUACACACAUUAUGUAAUAUCGGAGACAUGAAUUUCGCUUUUUUAUAUUUGAUUACUUUCCAAUUUGUUUUUAUAUCAGAUGUCCACGCGCUUUAUAACAAGGAUGUAGUAUGCAUUAUCAACGAGGAUAAUUUUCAAAUAUGCAAUACAUUUAAUGCUCCUAAACACAGAAGAAAUAUUAAUAUUAACAUUCCAUCUCACGAACCUUAUCUACCAGGCGCAAAAAAUGGAGUAUUUUAUAACUGUUCAUCGCAGGAAUGCAAAGCUUUAAAAAUAUAUUCCAUAACUCAAAUAGCAUUGCCCCAAUUACCAAUAAAAUAUUGCUAUCUACAAAUGCCUGACGAAUAUAAAUGCGAGAGUUUGAAAUAUAAUUAUUAUAAAAAUAUAGAUAAGUUGUUAUUCCUAUCGAAUAAUAUACCAAAUAAGUUAUUCUAUUUGAUAGAUUGCUUAGCAUACUCAGACGGUGGGCGAGUAUGCCAUAAGAAGGACGAAGUUGAUUCAUACACCAAAUUGGUAGAUAUUGGUAACGUGGCGAGGCCGAACGAAACCAAUGUUUUAUCGCAGGAGGAGUUCAUAUGUGAACAGAGUCAAAACAAAAGGAUCACCUGUGUCCUCGAUCAUUACGUACCUUACACCGAUGGACUUAAACCUAAAGAUAUGAUUAAAAUAGAUAAUAAAAUACUCCUUAAAACAGGCGGCUAUUUAGUUACUUUAAACUAUGUAUGUUUUGAAUCUUGGUGUGGAUAUAGCGGUUUGAUAAAACACACGCGUAGGGCUGGAAGAUACGAACCGCCUGGCGGCAAAGUAUACAGAUGUUAUUAUGGAAAUAAACAGCAAAUCUGCAAAGAAAUAUCCGGUAGUUCAAAAAACGUUUACAAUGAACGUGAUUGGUUAAGUUCAUAAAGAUAAACAAUAAAUUCUUUCUUAUUUUA